UGUUUUUUUUUUUUUUUUUUUUUGUUGCAGAAAAUAGAUUCCCUCUUCCCUGGAUUGUGACCGUUUCAAUGAAAUGGACAUGCAAGCUUUGCUCAUAUAGUUCCUCAAAUCAACGCACAAUAACAAGGCAUUAUACUUUGAAGCACGGACAUUUCAGCAGGUUUUGUCCCUUACCUUGUUUAUAUAAAGACUGUGUUUGUACGUUCAAAAAGCAAAUUGAUUUGAAAAGGCAUUUAUUGAGGCAGCAUGGGCCAUCACAAAAUUCAUCAGCACCCUUGACUGUUCAGAUACUUUGUGACUUGUGUAGUUUUUCAGAACCCUGCAACCUUCGCCAGUAUUUGGCACAUUUACGCUGCCAUCUGAAAAAUAAGGAAACUGUGAAAUGUCCUCAUCGGCAGUGUUCCUUUCGUUCUAACAUAUACUCCACAUUUACCGCACAUCAUAGUCGUUAUCACAGUUCAGGUAGCAUAGAGGACUUCCGACCUGAACUGUUUUGUGGGAAUCGUCCUAAUUUGGUCGAGGAGGACAGUCAAGGUAGUGCAUCUCUAGUUGGAUCAGAUGAGUCUGUAUCUGAUUUUGAAGAAAAUGUUGAUGACAAUGAUGAGGUGCAUUUGCAGCGAAAACUGGCGUCCCUUUUUUUGCGAAUGCAAACACUAUUGCAUGUUUCAAAGUCAGCCACUCAAGAAAUAAUUGAUGGGUUUUAUGAAGUCAGUGUCCUCACAGGAGAACUAAGCAAGAAGUUAAUUGAGCAAAUACUGCUGCAACACAAUGUUAAUAUAGAGCCAUCAACAUUGACACUGAUAACAGAAACUUUAGACAAAACAGUCCCUCUUACUUUCUUAUCAAGAUCUGGUACAUUAGGCACUGACCACAAGAGGUCUUCUUUUUUUAGGGAAAAUUUUAAGGUUAUUGAACCUAUUCAGUACAAUUUAGAUUCAGAAAAGGGUAGAAAAAAGGUAUAUGUUCCAAUUUUACCUGUACUGAAUGAGUUGUUAAACAGAGAUGAUGUUCUUGACAAAAUUUUACCCGAGAAGUUUUCUGGGUUAAACUCUGGAGUGUAUGAAAGUUUUCUUGAUGGACAGCAUUUCAAGGAAAAUCCCUUUUUCUCAGCAGAGGCGUUACGAAUAGCGAUAGGGUUGUAUAUUGAUGACUUUGAAAUUUGUAACCCCUUAGGAACGUCAAGGAAAAAGCACAAGAUUUGUGCUGUCUAUUGGGUUCUGGCUAAUCUACCACUUAAGUACAGAUCAUCUUUAUCAUCUAUUAAUCUUGGACUAUUAUGUUACAGCAGUGACUUGAAAACAUAUGGAUAUGCUGCUGUUCUAGAACCACUGCUUAGAGACCUUGAACAUCUUGAAAAUCAAGGUUUGUACAUAGAAAAACUAGGGGCACAUGUUCAGGGAACAAUUGCUUUUGUAUCUGCAGAUAAUCUAGCGGCACACUCACUAGCAGGUUUCCAAGAAUCCUUCUCUGUUGACAAAUGUUGUAGAUUUUGUCUUGCAAGUCGAAAGGACAUUCAAACAGUGCAAGUGAAGAGUGGAUCAUUUGCACUUAGAACUAAACGUUCCCAUGAUGACAAUGUUUUGUGCCUUAGUAGAGAUGAAACUGUAAAAAGUGUUGAAGGUGUAAAGGCCAGCUGUGUGUUAAAUAGACUAGAACAUUUUCAUUCAUCGACGGGUUUUCCUCCUGACGUUUUACAUGACGUUUUUGAGGGCAUUGUCCCAGCAGAACUCAGUUUGUGUCUGUCAGAUUUGAUUGACAGAGGAUUUUUCACACUUGAUGAUUUAAAUGGUAUCAUCCAAAACUUUCCCUACAAGUUUUCCGAUAAGACUAACCGACCCCAGAAAAUACCAAAAACUUUCAAAUUAAAAGGGUCAGUUGGCGGAAAUGGACAUGAAAAUUGGACACUAUUAAGACUACUUCCUUUCAUGAUUGGACAUUUGGUUCCUGAACAUGACAAAACCUGGGGUAUCAUUUUGGAUUUAAAAGUAAUUGUUGAACUUCUGGCAUCACCUACGUUCACUGAAGAAUCUGUGUGUUUUUUGGAGUCAAAAAUUUCUGAUCACAGGCUGCUGUUGCUGGAGGUUUUUCCUGACUUCAAGUUGAAACCUAAACACCACUUUGUAGAACAUUAUCCUAAACUUAUCCAUUGUUUUGGACCUUUAUUGAACUUUUGGACCAUCCGCUUUGAGGGAAAACACAGCUUUUUUAAAAAAGUUGUCCGUGAUGUCAACAAUUUUAAAAACAUAUUACUCACUUUAGCCACAAAGCACCAACUUCUAUUUGGCUACUACCUUGACAUGCCCAGCCUUUUUAAGUCAGAACUUGAAGUAAAGAGCGUUUCUGUUAUUUCUCCUGAUAUAUUGGACCAUGGCCUAAGGCAGGCAAUUAAAAGGAAAUAUGAAGAUGUUGCAUCGGUUUCCCUGGCAACAACACUUUCUCUACAUGGAACAACAUAUUCAGAAGGAAUGUUUGUCUCAGUUGGCAGCACAAGUGGACUUCCAGAUUUUGGGAAAAUUGUCAAACUCCUCAUAGUGGCUAACAAGGCAUUGCUCGUUGUUGAACCUUUUUCAGCUGUGUACGUGGAACAUCUUGGAUCUUUUGAACUGUUCAGACAACUGUCUGCUGAUCUCCUUGUGGUACAACCUGAGGAACUAAACCACUAUAACCCGCUGUAUUCUUACACCAUCCAAAGACGGCUUCUGCUUACACCAAAAGUCUUUUUACUUCAUUGAAGCUGCGUGCUUGGAGCUUCUCUGAUCUUUUGAACUGCCCAGACAACUCUCUGCUGACCAGCUUCUUCGCACCG